AUGCUUUAUUUCUCCGAUAUUCAUUACGAUAUUGCAUACAAUCCAAUAAAACCAUCAAAAACAUGGUGCCAUGAUAUCACAAAUGAAACAGCUCCUUAUUCAAAGUACGGAAAAUACGGUUGCGAAUCACCAAAAGCACUUGUUGAUGCAUUCUUUUCAGAUCUUAAAAGAAUAAUUUCAGGUCCAAGAUUAAUUAUGUGCGGAGGUGACACAACAAACACAUGGAAGCAGACACAUACUUUCGAUAAAGUCAUUAAAAACAUUAACACCGUCGUUGAAAACAUGAGAAAAAUUUAUCCAAAUGUUCCUUUUAUCUACAACUUAGGCAAUGGUGACUAUUAUCCAAGCUAUGGAGCGUUUGAUACAGAUAAAGAGCAAUUUUCUCAAAUUGCAGAUACAUUAGGGGACUAUUUAACAGCCGAACAAAAGAAAAACUUUUCGAAAGGAGGAUAUUACUAUUACGAUGAAGAUCAUCACCUCAUACGAAUAAUAUCUUUCAAUUCAAUCAUAUAUACCAUUAACAGAAAACUAAUUUCCGAAGAUGAUCCUUAUGACCAAUUUAAAUUCUUAAAGGAAGCCUUACAAACCAAAUUCCAUAAAGUUCUACUGUUUCACAUGCAUCCUGGUAUCACUGAUCCUGAAAAACCUCUUGAAUGGCACCAAAAAUUUAUAGAUCAAUUUGCAAAGAUACUAAAUGAGAAUCCACCAGAUACUAUAUUAUCAGCACAUACACAUUUCGACAUGCUCAUGCCAAUACAUGGAACAGAUUUGAUUUCUUUAAGUAAUCCAGGAAUAUCUCCGAGAUUAGGAAAUAAUCCAGCAUUUAGAGUUUAUCACUUUACAAGAGGACAACUAUUGGACUAUUUCCAAUACAAUUAUGACCUUUCUCAAAGAGAUGAAAUUCCUAAAUGGAAAUUUGAAUAUAAAUUUACAGAAACAUACAAACAUAAGUAUAUUUCGCAGAUGGCUUUGAAGCAAACCAUCAAAUGGGUCAAUAAAUCCCUUCAAAACUUCCAACUUUAUUUAUCUCAUUUGCAUGCAGGUGGAACCCAUAAUAUGUGGUUCUACAAAUGUGUUAUGAUCAUAAACAGCAAUGAGGAUUAUCAGAAAUGCAUUAAUCAGUUCUUUUGA